CUACCAGCGCCUCACCGGGAUCGGAACCGCUCAGUCUGUGAAUAUGAAUGUUUUUGUGCCGCCGGAGAUGAGGGAGGAAAUAGUGACCGGGGUGAACUACCUGAAGGCUCUGGCUUGCAGAUUCCACCGCUUGGAUCCCAUGGUGGUGGAGGCAUUUGGGGAGAGGCUGGUGGAGAUUCUGUGCCGGAGAUACACGGGGCACUGGUACCCAGAGAAGCCCAUGAAGGGCCAGGCAUACAGGUGUAUCCGGAUCAACAGGCAUCAGACGGAUGAGAGUAUUGCGGAAGCCUGUGCCCUUUGUGGCAUCUCAUACACAGAUUUGUCACUGCCAAAAGAGAUAACUCUAUGGAUUGACCCCUAUGAAGUGUCUUGCCGGCUGCGGGAGAAGAAUCACCCGUUCACUGUGGCGAGCUUUGAUCCCAGGGACAAUCGCGUUUUGUCAACAAGUUUAGAGAGCAAGACCCCGGCCUCCCCGUCAGACAGCGGCAUAGACUGCUCCAGCCCCGGCUUAUCCUCAUGGGUGGGCGACAGGGGAGAAGAUAUGGACAGCGGGAAUGAUAGCAGCAAUGAAGAACUCACCCACAUUUACUCAGAACAGGUGGCUUGGACCCCCGGUGGGGUUUGCCUAACUCCGACCACUACGUCCUUAUACAGAACAUCUUCCCCACUAUGGAUCCCCACGUGGAGAGCAGCAGACUAUAUGUACAACACCAUGAAUAGCACAGAGCCGGGCUUCUGGAUGUAGCCAUAUGCCACGGAGGAAGUGCGCCACUUGCUGGACACUCUUAGAGAAGACACCCUACAAGCUCUUCAUGUAGGACACUGUGGGAAGAGUAGAGGCCCAUAGCUGUACAUGGAGGGCAAGAAGAGAAGCAAUGAGAGGGAAUAAGGACUAACGAUUUUAACCGGUUUCUAUCGGGUGGAAGAAUUAAUAUAUUGUAAGUGAACCUGUUCCAUGGGGGGCAGCACUGGUCCCACUAUGGCAGUUGGCACCACUUUAAUACCAACCCUAACCUUUCAACCACUGCCACUACAGAGAUCAUUCUGCCUCCCCCAUUUGUUAUAAUGACCCAUAUAACUGUACUUAUUAUCAUUUAAUAAUGCUAAGGGCUAUGCAUUCACCUACAAUAUAUAAUAAUAUACAUAUACAGUUGCCACAUGUGGUACAAGUCGGUCUGUAUGCAGAUGUGUAUAGAUGAAGUUCUUCUGCUGGA